AGUUUCUUGUUUCAACCAAUGAAACGAUGAUGGAAAAGAUACCACCUUGGACCAAUCACCGCACAGCUGGUUUCUGAUUCUCUCUGUCACUUCAAUCCCCCACUAUCCAACAAGACGAGCUGAGUAUGUUCCGAGCGGAAGCCGACACCACAUCGCCGCUUCACGUGGCUGUAGACCUCGUGUACACCACCGAUACUACAUGCCGGUCGAUCACGGAGCUGCCAAGCUCAAGUGACGCGUUGACGACGAGUCUGUUCCCCACGAGCGUGUUGUUCCGAGGAAAUUUGCAGCUAUCCAAAGCUGCCAGUGGUGGCGGCUGUGCGCUAUAUCUGUCGGUGAAAGGCGCGGUAUCUACUGCCACAGAUGUUCAGAACGCCUUCGAUGUGGCGCGUGGCGUACACGAGCAACUGACGGGGCUGCUAAGUGCCAAGGGCCUCAAUAACGUCUCUCUGGCUCGAGCGGCGGUAGCACUUGACGGUGACAAGCUGCUGGCAGUCUCUUUGACGGCUGACGAUUCGAACGCACCACCCGAAAGCGUGCUGACAGUGCAACAGGGGGCGUGUACGGAGCUGCUGAGCGCUUUGCAGAGUGAUGGCGACGUCAAUCUAUUACCCAGGCAGGUCGAGACGGGCGCGUUGGAUAUCACUAAGCAGGCAGAUAGAGAUGAGGCUGCGAACUGCGCUGUGAGCUUGGAGAUGGCGGCGCUUGCACUGCGGUUCGGUGCGGAUGCCGAGGCGUUCCAGCUGCUCAAGGCGGUGGAUGAGAAGAUGGAGAGCUUCUUCGCUGGCCAACCCAGUGCGACGCUCACAAGCGCAAAUGUGCGACUGCACGUUGCGUCGGAUAUGGUGCAGAUUGUGACAACGGAGGGUGAGAACGUGCCGAAUGUGGCGUUCAAUGCGCCGUCGUAUGAGGAGGCACUCGGCAUCUUUGCUCUUGUUGCGGUGCUUGUGGCCAUGAUGAUGGGCGUUGUCGUUCAGAAGAAACGCAACGACCAGCGCAGCCGUGAACGCUAUGAGCGCGCCAACCGCGCUGCGCAGAUCCGUCGUGUGUCCAUUCGUAUGAGUCAGUAUGAUCAAGAGAACCAGGACUACGAAGGUGAAGAAGACAGUCUGCUGUGAGGGAGAGCAUGCAUUAAACGUUUGACAGUGGGGGCCAGGGGUGAUUGGCGCAGUCAAGCGGCAGAAAACUUUUUAUGAUUUCAAACAACUCACAAAGUGAGUCGAGAGUCGUCCAUGUUGAAUCCCUACACGAUGUUAACCAGAAUAUCAACAUUUUGUGUUCAUGGAUGACUUACUGCUGCCAGUCGUGGUCUGCAUCUACUACUCUUUGCGUGCAGAGUUGACGUUAAUCGUUACCAUCUCGGCAGCUAAAACAGUUUCUUGGCCUUCCUCCUCAGGGGCGAGCGAUCUGUGCUUAGUUGUUGCGUUCGAACUAACGCUAGCGUUUGAAUGAUCAACACUUAACGCCUUCGUGACGACUCCAGACUGGGACACCUCAGUGUGAUGGAUGGCACUGGGGGCACCUCCCCAUGGUGCUUUGCACGAUACGAUCUCGCACUUGUAUUCAUCUGCAUCUUGCUCGGAUGCCUUCGUCACGACGCUGGUUACGCUGUCGGUAGUCGAGUUCCCGUUCACCAUAAGACACGACUGCCCAUUCUUGAUCAUAUCCCAAUAUUCUACUCGAAGCUGUUGAAGUAGAAGAACCAUUAGGUCGUUGCAUACGAUUCAAGAGACUAUCGUACAAACCUGUUCUGGGAUGUCGCUAUUCGAUGUUGCGCGAUCAUUAUUGUUAACUGUAUUGGUGCUUAGCAUCGUCGGACGGAGCGAGUGACCUGAAAUCACUACAGUGCCGCGAGCACAUAGCUUUCCGUUCUCCAAUUCCUUUUUCAUCCAUUCUGCAAAACACCAAGUCUAACUCACUAAAGGCAGUUCGUAUACUGUAGACGACAACAUCCACUAACCUGUCUGUGCUGCCACUUCUUCUUUGAAGUACUUUUCGUGACAAAGUAUCGCUGUGUUCACGACAAUGCACUUGAUCCCUCCAUACCUAAAUGUUAAAAUGAUCAGUUAGUGAUAAAUAGCAACAAUGUUUACAGC